ACUUUUAUUUUAUUUUGAACAUUAUUAUCAUAUCACUUCAAAAAAGCGUUUAUAAUAUUCAUUAGUCACUUUACCAUGAACCCAACAACAGACGAACCACACAUGAUGUCUGAGCAAAGCAAGUUGCCGCGCCUGCCGAUUCCGCCGCUGAAGCAGACUAUCGACAAGUACUUGGAGUCCAUUGUGCCUGUUGCCGGCGAUGAUAUUGCAGCGCUGGCCGAAACAAAUCAAAGAGCCGCGCAUUUUGCCAAGGUGGCUGACCGGCUCCAGCAACGGCUCAUUAGCUACGAGCAGACGCAGCCCAACAGCUGGCUGGAAAAAUGGUGGUUCGAGCUUGCAUACUUGACCUGGCGCGAAAGCCUGUGCAUCAACUCAAACUACUGGAUUGCAUUUGCCGAUGACCCCAACGCUUACGGACUGCAUGCUGCGCCCAAGCCACUGCUGCCUUACAGCCCGGAAUACAAAGUGGGCCAGGUCUUAGACAGAAACUCGUAUGGCGAGUUCCAAGUGCGGCGGGCCGUCAAGUUUAUUCAGAAGGCUCUGGAUUACAAGGAAAUGGUACAGGAAGGGCGCAUCCCGAUCGCUCGCACCAAGAAUGGGCCUCUGUGCAUGAGCCAGUACCGGGCAAUGUUCGGAAUGACCCGCAUCCCUCGCAUGGGCUGCGACGAGCUGCGCCAGGAUGAGGCCACGAUGAGCUCGCGCGCCAUCAUUGUGAUUGCCGAAGACCAGAUUUACAGCGUCCAGGUGUACGACGACGCCGGUCGCAGAAAGCCAGACGGCGAUCUUGAAGCUGAGCUGCAAGCAGUAGUCGCCGAUGUGCUUGAGCGCCGCCGGCUGGGCGAGCUUGACCCAGCGGUGACUGUGCUGACAGCCGGACAUCGUGACAGAUGGUCUACGGCCUUUGAGAGACUGGAGAAGCAGCCGGCCAACCAGGCGACUUUAAUUGCCAUCCAAGAGUCACUGUUUGCCGUGUCCCUGGAUACCACAUACAGCAAUCCGCCGGGCUCUAUCAACGCGAAUCAGCAAAACAUGAAGUGUCAUGGCACCCGCCCGGGCCACAACAGGUGGUAUGACACGUGCACUACCUUUAUCUUUGACCGCAACGGCGCGGCCGGAUAUCUCGGCGAGCACUCGCCCUGCGACGCGCUCAUUCCGGCGUAUAUGCUUGAGCACGUGGCACAAUCCGUUGCCCCCGAGCACAUUGAGCAGGGCGUGGCCAGCGCGCGCACCCGUGACUACCAGCCGCGUGUCAAGCGCCUCCGCUUUACUGACGUUGAUGCAACAGUGCUUGCGUUGAUUCUCGAGGCAGAGAAGGAAGUUACGCAGACGGCCAAGGAUAGCGUCAGCCGGCAGAUUCGCUUUGAGAACUACGGCUCCGACUGGAUCAAGCGGGCGGCCAAGAUGAGCCCCGACGCUUUCGCGCAGCUCACCUUGCAGCUUACAUACUAUCGCCUCCACGGCACACUUGCCUCCGUCUACGAGACCGCCAGCACGCGCAUGUUUCUGCAUGGGCGGACGGAAACCGUGCGCUCACUGACUAGUGAAUCUGCCGAUUUCGUGCGCACCAUGUGCGAUGCCGCAUCGAGCUCUGUCGACAAGUACGAGGCGCUGGUGCGCGCGGCCAAAAAACACCAGAAGCUGCUUGUAGAUGCUUCGUCGGGAAACGGAAUUGACAGGCAUAUUUUGGGCCUGCGCAUGGCCUAUCAUCGUCUAGAUGCGCUGCCCGGCGAGAAGCCCAUUACUGUGGAGGAGCAAAAGGUGAUCGAGGACUUUUUCAACGACCCGAUUCUGGCUAAAUCAACGACGUUCCAGCUGUCCACUUCGGGCUUGUUCCCCGCCUAUUAUCUCGCGCAUACCGGCUUUGGCAGUGCCGUUGCUGAGCGCGGAUAUGGAAUUAAUUAUAUCAUUGAGCCCAAGCGAAUCAAGUUUGGAACCGAGAGCAAAACCCUCGAGGCAGGCAAGGGCUCUAAUAUGGCGGUGUUUGAACCCACGCUGCGCCAGAGCCUGCUGGAGCUCAAGAUCGUCUGUGAGCAGGCGAACAAUAUCCCUGUCGGCGAUCUUAGCCGCCUCUGAGUUGAUCAUGCAACCUGUGUGUGCUUCACGUGCAGAUUUCCCAAACACGGUUUUGUUAUGCCGUGGUGGCCAAAUUGUGUGGAUUUUUGCAGGUUUAUUAUUUUUAAUUUUUAAUUUUGGCA